AUAGUGACCGGAAGAACAUCAGAUUGUGGAUCUGCUCGCGAACAGUAGCGUCAGUUAUUGUUUACAGAGUACACGUCGUGAAGUUUCGUGUCAGUAUGCAACCAAAUAGCAUGGUAGGAGUGGCGACACUGUCCUUACUAAUCGUCGCGUUCUGUCAAAUUGUAGUCGCACAGUUCCACCAGUGCACUGGCGGCGAGACCUGCAUCAACAUCAACGAGUGUCCACGGUUCGGUCCACACUACCACGAGCCCGCAAAAUGGUCCGAGGAGUUAUUGAAUGAAUUCCGGUCGAAGGUGUGCAAGCGUGAGCAGAGCAACGGCAGGAAUCUGUACAAGGUAUGCUGCAAGCGGGCAGCCACAGGCAACAAGAACAACCGUGAGCGCGGACUAGCCACGCUCGAUCUGGAGGAAUGCGGCGCGUAUUCUGCCGACCGGAUGGCGUACGGUCAGGAGGCUAGGCUGUUCCAGUUUCCCUGGAUGGCGCUGCUAAUGCUCAACUCGGUUAAAUUUGUCUGUGGCGGUACGCUGAUCAACAGGCGCUACGUACUGACCGCUGCCCACUGUAUCAAGAACACACAUGUCACCACGGUACGGUUGGGCGAGUUCGAUAUAAGCACACCGAUCGACUAUGACCAGCGGGGGGAUCAGCAUGCCCCGCCGCCCCAGGACAUUGCCAUUGAGCAGACAAUCGUGCACGAAGCGUACAGUGCGCGGCUAAAGGUGAACGACAUUGGGUUGAUACGGAUGGCCGAGGAAGCAGCCUACAAUGACAAUGUGUCGCCGAUCUGUCUGCCCGUGUCGCCGGCAAUGCGCACCACGCAGACGACCUACUUCGUGGCCGGGUGGGGCGCGACGGAGUCGGCCUUCUACUCGAACCGUCUGCUGUUUGGUAAGGUCGCCCUGCUGACUAAUGAUCAGUGUGCGCAGCAGCUGCUACGAGUGGAUUCGUACACCAAGAUCAACAACGAUCAGAUGUGUGCGAUCGGGGCCAAUCUGACCGACAACUGUACCGGCGAUUCGGGUGGCCCGCUCAAAACGAUCAGUAUAAACGCACGCUAUGUACAGUACGGUGUUGUGUCGUUAGGGCUGCGCACUUGCGGCAAGCAGAGUGCACCGGGCGUGUACACGCGGGUCGAGAACUAUGCCGAUUGGAUACUGGAGCAUCUGGAAGAGUGAGAUAGUGAAAAAGAGGCUCACAGAUAGGCUCGCGUUGAUUCAGAUUCGAAGUGGCUCAUGGCCACCAUGGCGCCAGUGUGCGAUAUAUGCGUGCAAUAUUAUGUAUUCAAUUAUCUUUGCCAACAUAGUUUAGUUAAGUUUAUAGUUUCUUCUUCUUCUUCUUUUGGCUCAACCACCGAUGUCGGUCAAGGCCUGCCUGUACCCACUUGUGGGCUUGGCUUUCAGUGACUAAUUGAUUCCCCCCCUAGCAGGAUAGUCAGUCCUACGUAUGGCGGCGCGGUCUAUUUGGGGAUUGAACCCAUGACGGGCAUGUUGUUAAGUCGUACGAGUUGACGACUGUACUGCGAGACCGGCUCAAGUUUAUAGUUUAGUACGAAAUAAAAUGGCAUUAUGCAAACAACUAUAA